AUGUCGGAGCCUGAGCUGCUGACCUACAUGACUGGCACAAACGACGACUUUGAUCUCCCUCGCUGGAGUACGCAGACUCAUGAUGGCUUGUCGUCUUCCGCACAGGCUGCCCAAUCUGCUGCCCAAGCUUCCUACCUCUACGCCCAGGGGCCUCCCCCCUCUGGCGGCGCCAACCGUUUGCCUCCCAUCCAGCAGUCUUCGAGCGGCUCCUCCAGACCGCCACGCAUCUCACAGUUGCUUGACGAAGAUCAAUCGUACGCGAUGAGCUCCCUCCCAUACGCGUCAAACAGCCAGCUUGGUCGCAGUGUCUCCUUGGGUGGUGCAGGCUCAUCGUCACGAGGGCGCCGUCACCACUUACAGGACGACUUGGAAGGGGCCUUUAAUGUUGAAGGUGACGCUGGCCACCGACACAGCCAGCAAGGUGUUCAGGCGGCAUAUCCUUCGGCUGAUACGGCUAACGACCCUGGAGGAGCUACUCAACAGUAUGGGGUCACGUUCUACGCAACUUCCGGCGCCCACCAGCCGAAACGAGCACAGACCCAACACGAUGCGAGUACAUCCUCACGCGCGCAGCGUUCGCCACAUCGAGGUGCUGCGACGAACACUAGUCUCCUUGAUCCAUAUUCUCCUCAACAGAACCAGUACUCUUCGUCCGCGGCCGGCACACCUUAUGCGUAUUCACCUUCGUCUGAACAGCAGCGAGCAUACGUUCCCGGAGGUUAUCAAUCUCAUUCUCAAACACAUUCGCGAUCACAGUCUCAGGUCAAAGGGGAAGGCAUGACGCCACCUAUACCUCCACCUUAUUCCCCGCAAUCAUCCACCCAGACCUUUACAAAUGCGUAUCCCAUGGAUACUACCAGUCCCGCACCUCCAUCACAAACUCUUUCAGCUCAUCGCCCUGCGAAGCAAACAUCGGUAUCUCAGCCUGCAACUCCUUUGUCGUAUGGACAUCCGUCUCAGAGUCCGCAUAUACAGCCUCAGUACUUUGGGCAGGACCACCAACCGAUGGCAAUAGAGGUGCCCCCUCCUAAACGCCGUGCAUCUGGACUAAGGAGGGUGAGAGAUCAUCGCGACUUGCGACCGCACAUCGAGUCGCAGCCGGGAAAUCGGCGUAUAGAUACGAACGGGGUGUACCUUUCGCCAAUCAGGCUGCUCACCACGAACAUCGUUGAAACAUAUCAUAUUUGCAACCCACAAUUCAGAUAUGAGUCGACUCAUAACCCGCGGCGCGUUCUCACAAAGCCUAGUAAACCUGCACACAACGAUGGUUACGACAAUGAAGAUUACGAUUACAUUCUGUAUGUGAACGACUGGCUUGGCACUGACGAUGGCCAUAAGUACCUCAUACUGGACAUACUUGGGCAAGGGACCUUUGGUCAAGUGGUUAAGUGCCAAAACAUGAAAACGCACGAAGUAGUUGCAGUCAAGGUUGUCAAGAACAAACCAGCGUACUUCAAUCAAAGCAUGAUGGAAGUGACGAUCUUAGAGUUGCUGAACAAUCAAUGCGAUCCACACGACGAACAUCAUAUCUUGCGGCUCCGUGAUUCUUUCAUCCACAAAAAUCAUUUGUGCUUGGUGUUCGAGUUACUGUCGUCUAAUCUGUAUGAGUUAAUAAAGCAAAACCAGUUCCAAGGGUUGAGCACGCAACUAGUGAAGGUGUUUACGGCACAACUCCUGGAUGCCAUGACCAUACUCAAAGACGCGCGACUCAUCCACUGUGACCUCAAGCCAGAGAAUAUACUUUUGAAAUCUCUUCAGUCACCUCAAAUCAAGGUCAUCGACUUUGGUUCAGCUUGCCACGAGCGGCAAACGGUCUAUACGUACAUUCAGUCGCGGUUCUACCGCUCACCCGAAGUUCUACUGGGGAUCCCUUACACGGCUUCCAUCGAUAUGUGGUCACUAGGAUGCAUCGCGGUAGAACUCUUCUUAGGGCUGCCUUUGUUUCCAGGUACGAGUGAAUACAACCAGAUCACUCGAAUAGUUGAUAUGCUUGGGUACGAUAUCUACAUGCUAGAUAUGGGCAAGCAAACGGGUCAGUUUUUUGACUCAGUCGCGGAUGUCUAUGGGCAAAAGAAGUAUCGAUUGAAGAGCCUUGAACAAUAUUCUCGUGAGCACAACACGCAAGAGCAGCCUGGGAAACAAUAUUUCAAGGCAAAUUCGCUACCGGAGAUCAUUCAGCAGGCGCCGAUGCCGACUUUCAAGUCGGCGUCUCGUCAGGCUCACGAGGUGGAAAAAGAAAUGAACAAUCGAGCUUCUUUCAUCGACUUCUGCCAGGGACUUCUCAACAUGAAUCCAAUAGAAAGAUGGUCACCACAGCAAGCGAGGAUGCAUCCAUUCAUCACCGGAGAAAAGUGGACCAAGCCGUGGACGCCUGCCGGCCAAUCUAGUGCGCAAGUGAGCCCACCCGCUGCCAAUGGCCCAGAUCCCAAGCGACCGUAUGGAGGUCUUGUUCCAUCUCAGCCUAAGGGCACUCGCGCCUAUCAAGAUGCGGCUGCGUACAAUCAGCAUCUUGCUCAGCACCAGGCAUAUACUGCUCAAGCUCAGGCUGCUUCGCAAGCUGCGCAGAAUGUUUAUCGAAAUCCCUACAUCACCCCUCAAACUUCGCAGCAGGGCUCGUCCACAUAUCCGGCGGUACCAGAAAAUGCAGCUGCUAACGCUGCAGCGAGUUACGCACCGCCGCCGCAGUACAGUGCUUCGUCGCAAUCGGGCUCACACCGUGGGCUGACUCAUCAGACAUCUCAUGGUCAGCUUAAUGUCAAUACUAACGUUUCUCAAUACGGAGGCCAUCCAUCUGCGGGCGGAUUCAAUACCCAACCCCACUUGAAUCCACCGGCGCCAUCAAAUUCGUACUAUUCCUCGUCUCGUACACGUUCAAACACGAUCCACAACAUGAUGGAUAACAUCCCUCCUGCUCUGGCGCGACUGCAACACAUGAACCAGGAUGUGAUUGGCGGUCGCAAGGCGUUAACGCCUGUGCUUAAGCGGGAUGACGCGAUACGGGAAUGGGAGAGACGUCAGUCGGGUAAGGCAGCGGCGGCACAGCCAUACCCACAACUUGAGCUUCUUCAGCAACAAGCCGAACUUGCGGCGACGCAGGGUUUGAACAGUUGGGGGCAUCCAGGAUCGUCCACUCGUUAUCAGCAACAACCCACUUCCAACCUCGCGCACCCCUACCAUCCUCCUGCCUCUAUGGCUGUGGACGACGAUCGUCGAGAGGCUAUCCUGUCCAACGUGCGAUCCGCGGCGCGAACUGAUCCUGCCAAUGCGAAUUUGUUCGGGUCGACAUCGAAUGUUAUACCUAGUCCGCCUCAAGCAUAUUCAAGCAACUCGACGACAGCAGGAAAUCGGUACGCUGCAACAUACACCCAACAGCAGCAACAACAAAAUCCCACGUCGCCCUUCGAUUCUAUGGAUCGGCGGACAGAUAUCGGCACUUUGUACGUUCCUAUGCAGCCUGAUCAGUACGGACCAUACAACAACCAAGCAGCCACAUCUCAGCCCCAUGGCGCGUCCUCACGCCAAGUUGCUCCUCCUGCCCAGGCCGUGCCGCCAUCAUUCUACGGUGCUGUACCACCUACAAACAAUCAGCAGCGCAAUCCUUUCACUGCAGAUCAGGGGCAGACCAGCGCGAAGGAGAAUCGAAGGAAGAGCGGCAUGGAUGUAUGGCCACAAUGA